AUGGCUUCCAAAGGCUCGGACGCGAGCGGGGCGGGGCGGGGCGGACGCAGAGCGGGAGUCACCGCGCAAGCGCAUCCUGCGCCUGGUCUUUCUGCGUCGUCAGGGAGUGGGGCGCAGGUGCGCGCAUGCGCACUGGGCAGAGGGCGCGCGUUGGCAGGUGUCUCGGCUGGGCGUCGGCGGGCAAUGGGGUUGCCGGCGUUGCUGCUCCUUGCUCUGUGCGCGGCAAGCGCCCGGGGGCUUUAUUUCCACAUCGGCGAGACCGAAAAGCGCUGCUUCAUCGAGGAAAUCCCCGACGAGACCAUGGUCAUCGGGAACUAUCGCACCCAAAUGUGGGAUAAACAGAAGGAGGUCUUCCUGCCCUCGACCCCCGGCCUGGGCAUGCAUGUGGAGGUGAAGGAUCCUGAAGGCAAGGUGGUGCUCUCCCGGCAGUACGGCUCAGAGGGCCGCUUCACCUUCACUUCCCACACUCCCGGUGACCAUCAGAUCUGCCUGCACUCCAACUCUACCAGGAUGGCUCUCUUUGCUGGAGGCAGACUGCGUGUGCACCUAGACAUCCAGGUUGGGGAGCAUGCCAACAACUACCCUGAGAUUGCUGCCAAGGAUAAGCUGACGGAGUUGCAGCUCCGAGCCCGCCAGCUGCUUGAUCAGGUGGAGCAGAUCCAGAAGGAGCAGGAUUACCAAAGGUAUCGUGAAGAGCGCUUCCGUCUGAUCAGUGAGAGCACCAACCAGCGGGUCCUGUGGUGGUCCAUCGCUCAGACUGUCAUCCUCAUCCUCACUGGCAUCUGGCAGAUGCGUCACCUCAAGAGCUUCUUUGAGGCCAAGAAGCUGGUGUAGUGUCCUCACCACGUGACCCUUUCCUGUCACCUCAAUUAUUUGGUACUUUCCCCACCCAAUAUCUUAUCCACCUGGAUUCUGAGGGAAAAAAAAAGUGAAAAAAGAAUAUAAGCCACAUUGGUUCCAUGGCAACAAAGCAUUCAGAUCAGCCACUUGUUAACACUGGUUUUCAAGGACACAGGACACUGGUCCAGGCUUUCAAAGAUCUGUCUUGGGGUUUGUGCAGAGCUGGAACUGACCCAGGACUGAGUCUUCUUUUGCAUCCAGUGAUUCCCCUCUUUCUCAUAAAAUGAGCAAAUGAAAAACCCUCCUACGCCUUUAACCUUUCCCUUCAUCUACUUACGAAGUAGGCAACCAAAAUGCUCCACCGAGGAGGCCUGCCUCACUGCUCUGCUGUCAGUCCUGGGUUCACUCAGCAGCUUUGUGAAUGUAAAUAGGGCCAAAGGCCCCAGAGGAUUGAAAAGUUUUUCUAUAUAUUAGAACUAUUUUUUGAUAAAAUUAUAUAUUUUCCUUCCUAGUUGAAGUGUUACUGCCUUUGUGUGACUAGCUGAAAACACCGGUGCAGUCCCUUCUGCAUUGUUUAUGCACACAUCUUUGAUAACUAACUACCAUGGCAGCUCCCAGGACUUCAGCUCUCAGGGCUAGAGAGCAGCUGCUCUCAAGGCCUAAUCAGAGGGCCAGGCAGAGAAUUCUCCAGGACACCUGUGGUUUCCAUCACACAGGGCCUGAAUUCAAGAGUGAGGCAGUGACAGAGCUCACACAAGGCAGGACACUGUUACCCUCCCGUUUCCCUUAACUUUUAUUUAAGCUGUGAUAAAUGUUUUCCUCGCGGGAACCAGAUUUGGUUCUUUAUACAGAUUUUUCCAGUGAAAUAAAACGUGUUGUAGUA